CGUCUGAACAGCACUGCACUCAUUCAGGUGCAAGCAACAUAAAACACUCCAAAAGCACUCCUGCAAGGAAUCCAACACAGGAAUCAAUAAAUAAACAUUAAUCAUGAUUCUCAAUGAUCUUACUUUACCACUAAUUGUGUUUUUUUGUACAUGGACCUUUACUAAUGGAUCAGAUUGGCUUAAAAACAAAAAAGGGCCACUAGAGGACAAGGUCCUUGAAGUCCCGGAGGAGACAGAGGUACCACAUGCAGUGUAUUGGUUCCAAGCAACUGACCCCAAUGUAAAGUCAUAUAAACUUGGUGGUGAAACUGAUAAUAAAACACUGAUUGAAAAAGACGGAUGGUUAUAUCUGAGGGAGCCUUUUGACUGGGAAACAAAGAAGGUCCAUAUUAUAACGGUUGAAGCGCUGGACGCUGACCUUAAGACGGUGGAAGGGCCAGUCUCUAUCACAAUUAUUGUAAAAGAUAUAAACGACAAUCGGCCGGAAUUCAAUCAAACCCUCUAUGAUGGAGUUGUGAGACAACACUCAAGACCUGGUAGGCCUUUUAUGAGAGUUUACGCCACAGACAAGGAUAACCCAAGCACCCCAAACGCAAAGCUGAACUACAGCAUUUCAAACCAAAUCCCUGACACCUAUAAGGUUCCACUUUUUCAAAUUGAUAGCAAAACUGGAGAAAUCUCUACCACCUCCGCUGGAGCUCAAAAUUUGGACCCAAAUACAGGUGUUGAAUACACCCUGUUUCUUACAGUCAAAGACCUAGAAGGUUUGUCAGACAAUGCCUUCAUUAGGAACACGCAGGUGAAAAUUAUUGUGAAAGAGAACCUGUGGAAAUCUCCCAAUACAGUGAUAAUCACUGAGAAUUCUACUGAUCCACAUCCCAUUCAAAUCACACAGGUCCAAUGGAAUGAACCUGGAGCUGUGUACGUACUUCAACAGAAGGAGAGGUAUCCAAAUUUUCCCUUUUCAAUUGAUGGAGAUGGGAAGAUUUCUGUGACUGAACCUCUGGACAGGGAGGAGAGGGAAACAUAUGUGCUGGUGGUAUUUGCAAAAGACAAAGCUAAUACAAACCUUGAGCAACCAAUCGAGGUUUACGUAUCAGUAACAGAUAUUAACGACAAUCCACCAGUAUGUGAAGUGCCGCUGACUGUAUUAGAGGUUCAGGAAAAUGAGAAAAUAGGAAAUCAAAUUGGAUCUCUGAAAGCUUUUGACUUGGAUGAAUCAGACAGUUUGAACUCUGUGUUAAAGUAUCAGAUUUUGGAUCAGGAGCCGAAGCUACCUUCUUCUACCAUGUUCAUUAUUGAUGAAUACAGUGGUAAAAUCCAGAUUGAACACGACAGAUUCCAGAAAACGGAGGUGCCGGAGUACAAUUUAACAGUAAAGGUCACUGACAUGGCUGGAAAUCCCACAGGCUUCUACACUGUCUGCAGUGUAGUCAUACGAAUAAUUGAAGGCAAUGACCAGAUUCCUAUAUUUGAGAAACAGCAGUAUGAACUCAAUCCCAUACCAGAAGACACACCAGUGGGAACCACAUUACUAACAAUUGGGGCUAUCGAUGAUGAUGAGCCAAAAACUGGCAGUUCCAAAAUCCUGUACAACGUUGUAGAAGGAGAUGCAGAAGGAACAUUUGCUAUAAGUACAGACGAAGAAACAAACCAAGGACAUGUGGUGAUUAGAAAGCCCCUAGACUUUGAAACAAUGCCUGUUUACAAACUUCGUAUUGAUGCCAGAAACCCAGAGCCAUUGGUGCCUGGUGUGGUCUACAAUGCAAGCUCUACCGCAUACCUAAACAUCAGCGUGAUCGAUGUCAAUGAAGCCCCUGUGUUUGGCAGUAUAGAGUACCAGGCCAUGGUCAAGGAAAAUAUUCCUGUUGGCAACACCAUUCUGAAAGUGGAUGCUAUAGACCCUGAAGGUAGCAGUAUAAGGUACAGACUGGAAGGAGAUGUCUUUAACUGGCUGAAAAUCAACUCUGAAACUGGGGAUAUAAUUACAAAUACAUUGCUGGACAGGGAGAGGACAGACACAUACAAAGUCAGGGUUAUUGCUGUUCAGUUCGAAUCGCCUGCACUUGAGAGUACAGUGCCUGUCUCUAUUAACUUGGUUGAUGUUAAUGACAAUCCCCCAAUGCUGACCUACCCAGAACCACACUUCUGCUUCCCAGUGCAAGAGCCCAAGGCAGUGCUAAUGAAGGCUAUGGAUAAAGAUUUAGAUCCACAUGGACCACCAUUUCAAUUCUCACUAAAAGGGGAUGAUAAAAACAAUACGGAAGACUGGGAGAUUGUGCCUGUUAAUGAUUCCUUUGCAAAAUUGAAGAUGAGGCACAUCAGUUUUGAGAAGAUACAGUAUGAUGUCGAAGUAAAUAUAAGGGAUAAUGGAAAUUUGGAAAAGACAUACACUGUUCCAGUACUUUUUUGUAAGUGUUCACAAAAUGAACAUUGUUACAUUGAUGUGCAAAUCCAAACUGGAAGGCCAACAGUAGGGGCGACUGUUGGCAUUCUACUGGGAACCCUUUUAAUCCCUGGUGUUGCUCUGUCUCUUGUGUUUUACAAGUUGAAAAAGAAUAAGAAUAAGGAGCCAAAAGCUACGACACCAGACACUAACCCAAUGCUGUAAAGACUCUCCAUUAGAAGUGUAGAUUUCUGUUGCUAUAGCAAAACCAGAUACCAUAUGGAUCAGACUUAUUAAGAUAUUUACAAUAAAAUGCAAUUUUUACCAUUUAUUAUGAAAGGGAAGUUAAACUAACAAACUAUUUACAAACCAUUUUUGCAAACUUUUGAAUCCUUAACUUACUACUUGUUACUAUUUUUUAACAUCAGCAAUUGUAUUGUCCUUUGCCACAAGGCUUUAGUUAUUGUGAGAGAUUUUGUUGCCAUUAUUUGAAAAAUGCUUGCAUAAAUAUAUUAGCCUGUUUUGAGAAAACCCAGCAAAAAGGGAUUCUAUAGUACUUGUUGACAUCUUAUCAUUUUAGUAACACUUCUCAACAAAAUAGUUUUAAAGCCGCCCUGUUUUAAUCAAUUAUAGUGUACUAUUUGUGUACUGACUAAAAUAGUGUACUAUUUGUGUACUAAGUGAAAUAAUGUACUAUUUCUGUACUGUAGUGUACUGCUUCCAGAUCUCACAGUGGCAGGGGCUGUGAUGCAACACAUUUUGUCUGUUUCCUCUCUCUGAGUCGGCUGGUGGUCAUUCCUGGUUUGGGGUACAGGUUAGGGACUGUACAUACGUUUACACAAACUGAAAAUGUGAAGUGCAUAACAUAAAUACAAACUAUCUUUAAUAACCAGGACUGGGUGCAGGACAAGUAGAAUCUCUUCAGCAACUAAACCUUUUUUAUAAAAUGUUUUAAAAAAUCACAAUAGUAUGGCAUACAAAAUCACACAUAUUUACUAUUUUGUGAAAAAAAAGAAAUGUUUGGCUUUACGAAAUAAACAGUUAUACAUCAAA